AUGGAGAUAGACAACGACGUGGCCAUGCAGGACGCAACAGAGGAGCCUCUGGAUCCCACAUUGGACGAGGACGCGUCCACGGUAGCCCCCGGGGCGAGCAAGACUCCCGAAGGGUCCAAUGCGUCGGGCAUAGCAGAUCACAGGUCGUCGAAACCGCUGCAACUGGACUCGGGCAACAUCGGACAACUGGAUCAGUGGAUCGAACAUCUCAGCCAGUGUCAAGUGCUGUCGGAAGAAGACGUGGGACGGCUGUGCAAAAUGGCCGUCGACGUUCUGCAGUUCGAAGAAAACGUGCAGCCGGUCAACGUGCCCGUAACAAUAUGCGGUGACGUGCACGGCCAGUUCCACGACUUGAUGGAGCUGUUCAAGAUCGGAGGGCCCUGUCCAGAUACCAACUAUCUGUUCAUGGGCGACUACGUUGAUAGAGGCUACUACUCGGUCGAAACCGUGUCAUAUUUGGUGGCCAUGAAAGUGAGAUAUCCCAAAAGAAUCACGAUUCUGAGAGGCAACCACGAGUCGCGGCAAAUCACACAGGUGUAUGGGUUUUACGACGAGUGUCUGCGCAAAUAUGGUAGCGCAAACGUGUGGAAGAUGUUCACAGAUUUGUUCGAUUACUUCCCGAUAACUGCAUUGGUCGACAAUAAGGUGUUUUGUUUGCACGGCGGGCUUUCGCCGAUGAUCGAGACCGUGGACCAGGUCCGCGAGCUCAACAGAAUACAGGAAGUCCCACACGAAGGACCCAUGUGCGAUCUACUUUGGUCAGAUCCAGACGACAGAGGCGGAUGGGGCAUCAGUCCAAGAGGAGCCGGUUUCACUUUUGGCCAAGACAUCAGCGAACAGUUCAACCACACCAACGAUCUGUCGCUUAUUGCAAGAGCUCACCAACUGGUCAUGGAGGGGUACGCAUGGUCGCAUCAGCAAAGCGUUGUUACCAUCUUUAGCGCGCCCAACUACUGCUACAGAUGCGGUAACCAAGCUGCGAUCAUGGAGUUUGAUGAGAACCACAAUCGCCAAUUCUUACAGUAUGAUCCGUCCAUGAGGCCUGGAGAGCCUACGGUAAGUAGGAAGACGCCAGACUACUUCUUAUGA